AGCUUGCAACAAACCCUAUGUAAACGCGUCUCUUGACGUGCUCCUCAACCUCAACCUACGUGACCUCAAAAGCUAAGUUUAGGGCCUUGGCUGGUUUAUAUAUUGCCUUGGCUAAAGCUUAUGCCGUGAAAUCAAGAGCGAACUUGUAGCAGAAAAUUGACAUUUUUCCAGUAGUUUCAAUUGGCAUAUAACUCGGCCAGAAUUUUAAUUCAAAAUAACAUUGGUUUUAGCUUUUUAAUAGAUAGUCAAAGUAGAUUCAGAUGAUGAACCUGAGCUGAAGGUUCGGGUUGAGACAGUUGUGCUUACAUCAAUGAGUAAAAUUCUAUGUCAAGUUUCUCAACAGUACUACCAUCUGGUGAAUCAUGCCUAUGGGAGCAGGAGGGUUCCUCAACAAAAAGAGCGCACCUUCCGCGGAAGGCGUGAGAUGCCAGAAAUGCCUGGAGAAGGGUCAUUGGACGUACGAGUGCACCGGUAAGCGUAAAUACGUGCACCGCGACUCCAGAACGCAAACGCUGAAAAAGCGACUGAAAGAGAGCGAGGAAAAGAAGAAACUGGAGAAAAUGCAGGCGGCGGCGGCAGCGGCCAGGGCGGCCCGGUCCGACUCAGACUCCGACAGCUCCUCGGACUCCGACUCGGACAGCUCCAGCUCCAGCAGCGACUCCAGCUCGUCAGACUCCGACUCAGACUCGUCCAGUUCGAGCUCGAGUUCGAGCGACAGCUCGGCCACAGAGUCGAAUAAAAAGAAAAAGAAGAAGAAAUGAGCGAUGGGAACUGUGAUCGGCUACUUCGAGGGAAUGGGGUUGGGAUUCGGACGGCUGACACGGCAUAGCGAACGUCAGACUUAUUUUAUAUCAUGUACAUUGUGGAUAUUCCGCAUAUUCAUACCGUGUAUGUUUUGUACCGAUGACAUUGCGCUUCACUGAUGCGGAAUAAAUCAUGUUAAUCAUU